GGGCAAACUUUCAAACAUUUUAAAAGGGGUAUCAAGAAUGUUUUCUCCUUUGAUAGGGUAGGCUAUAGAUGGGAAUGUAGGUGAGCAUUUUGGAGUUUUUUAAGGCGAAACGAAAAGUUUUAACUUCCACAUAGAAUUCUAAUCUAUAAGACACUUUAAAUUCAUACCAGUUAAUCAAAAAAUGUAUAAUUGGUAUACACAUUUUAGUUAUAUAUAGGAUUUAAAAAACUACGUAAACAUAUCUACAUACAUACUUCAUAAAUAAUGGGGUUUCUAAUGAAGCAGUAUGACUAUAUCAUUAAUAAAGUUAAAAACUAUUUCUGAAAUAAAAAUGAUAACAAAAUAUUUGAGAAAAAGUUCUACUUGUAUAUAUUACAAUGAACUGUUGAUUAUAUAAAAUCCGAACUGAGAGCUGGGAAAACAUGUCUGGAUUGUGAAGAAAAUGAAUAUUAUAACAAAUACCUCCAUUACUUAUCACAUCCCAUAGAUACAAUGUGAUUAGCAAAAUAUACAACAUCUGCAUUGAGAGUUUUAGAAUAUUAGUUAAAACUUCAAAUUUAUAUUCUCGAAGACCUGAUUCAUAUGUGGUUCCAUGUACUAGGUAUUCAAAUUGUGAGUGUUGGUGUAAUAGUAAACAAUUUGUUCAGUAUGAGAUGAAAAUGUAUUUUUGACGCAUCUAGAAAGUUAUUAUCCUUUGACAAAAAUGGUACAUAAUUUUACGUAAUUCAAAAAUGUGAUAUUUUGUAAGUAUUGGCUUGGCAAGUAACAUUAGAUUUUUAAAAGCUGUAUUAAAAGUGAAAUAAACCGCAAAUUUUCAAAAACUUGUAAUUUGUGAUAUAUAGAUUAUAGGAAAAGUAUCAAAAAUAGAAAAAUGUUCCUAAGUACUAACUUUUUAUGGUGUAAGCAAAUAUAUCAUAUGGAAAGUUUAUUCAAGUAGUUCACUACCUGAGUAUAAGUGAAUUUAAUGAAAGAAAAAUGUCAGUGUCUGCUGUCAUCUCUAUAAUACAUUCCAUACAAGGUUGAAAUAAUUUGUUGAUCAAGUGUAUUUUAAAACCAAAUAAUGCAGAAUAGUUCAGGGAACGAUAAUCAUUCUUACAUCAUACCCAGCAAAUUGAUUCAAACUACUGAUCAAAUGAUGUUUUGGAGGAGGUCAGAAACAUACUACGAAUAUUUAGGAUUUGUAUACUUUAUAAAUGAUGUAAUCAAAGGCAAAUCAAAUGAACAAGGUAGCGCUAAUGCUUCGCCAGAGAUAGAGGGGCUUUGCGGAAUUUUAGAUAUUAUAGAAGAUUGGAUUGAUGAAAUUGGUGUAGAUGAAUAUGAACCAAAAUCGUAUCAUCGGGCAUUCAGGAGAUGGUAUCGUAGACUUAGAGAUAAUUCUGUUCCACUGUUGAGAGAGAUAGUUCCGUCAAUAUAUUUUCGAGCACUACCAGAAAUAAUGGUGUACUUAAUUGAAGGCUUUGGUAAUUCAGUCAGAUGUGCUUAUGGUAGUGGUCACGAAAUGUCUUUCUUGAUGUUUUUAUGCAGUCUUUUCAAAAUUGGAUUUUUGAAAAUUAAAGAUGCUCCUGCUACAGCCUGCAAAGUAUUUGCAAGAUAUUUAUAUGUUGCUCAAAAACUACAAAAAACUUAUAAAAUGACUUCUCUUGGUGGUAACAAAACUUGGAAUUUGAAUGAUUACCAGUUUGUUGCUUUUAUAUGGGGUAGUUCACAGCUAGUCGGUAAUACUGAACUUAAUCCAACGUGUUAUCUAAAAAGAGCUACUGUUAAACGCCAUUCAUCGCAAUAUAUGUUCCUAAGUUGUAUCCAAUUCACUAAUAGAAUAAAAAUAGACUCUUUUAACAGACAUUCGAAUCAACUGUGGAAUCUGAGUGGAGUAUCUUCAUGGUAUGGAAUCAAUUCCAGUCUUAUUAGAAUGUACCAAGCACAGAUUCUGUUGCGUUAUUCUAUAGUAAAACACGUGUAUUUUGGUUCAAUUUUCACUCUAAAACGCGUUGAACGUUGGGCUAGUGUCCGCAGACCAAUAUUUAGUCUCUCAAAGGUUCACAGAUCAACAAUAAAUGUGGAAUUCUUAACUGAUCUAUCGGCCUCUCGAAAAACCAUAUCUUCUAUAAACGGUUCUGUAAAAAGUAGAAGCAGAAAUAUUAGACUUGAAUCGAGUAAACGUAUAAGAGAUGACAAGGGGAAACAUGUUAGUAUAGAGCAUACUGUCAGAGAUAUUACGUGGGAAACAGAACAGGAAAUUUCAAGUGAUGAUACUAAGGAAGUCGCAGACAAAACAAUUACUGCUGAUACUGAUACAGAACAGACUUUACCGACAGUAGUUGACGAUGAAUUGAUAGAAAUAAUGAAAAAUGAAACUUUUAACCAUACUCCUUCAACUGAUAGCAUUGAAAAGAAUAAAGGAGAACAAAUUAUAGUAAGUCCAGUCACUCCUGAAAAAAACCGUCGGGUUAAAGUUAAUGUAGAUUUUGCUGGUGCCUAAACAGAAACUAUUAAAUGAUUAUCAAAAGGAACAUCUAUCGCAGAUGUCAUAAAAUAUCUUGUAAACAUUUGAAACAAUAAAUAAACAAGGACAUUUCAUUAAAGGUUUUUGCAGUACUUAUUCUUUUAAAUAUCUUAACCCUUCAAGGACAAAGUUUUGCAUAUAUUGAACUUUUAAUAAUUUUUAUUUAUUAACAAUUAGACACUCAUAAUAAUAAUAAUAAUAGUUUACAAAGAAAAAUAUGAAUAUUUCAUUGAAAAAUAUGAUGUGAUUUAUUUAUAAAACAAUGUUAAACGAUUAUUAAUCUCGAUCAAGUUUUAUAUAAAUCCAGUGAAAAUAUUUACGUUUUUUGAAUAUAUAACUUGUGUUUUGAAAACGCUGUCAUAUUUUUCAAUUAGACGUGUAGUUGAACUGAAUCUUUUAUUUUUUUCAUAUUUGCUUCUGAUAUUAAAGGACAGUUUUUUUGGAAACAGUUGUUCCUAAUAUUACCAGCAGCUGAGAACCCCACUUUCAAUAAUUUAAUAAACUGAAAUUAAU